CAGGUGACAUGAUAUAGCCCAUAACCAAUUCACUUUGCUAGCUGCUUUCCUGUUGCAUGUUGAGUUGUGCCAACGUCUUGUACUUUAUAAGAUGGGCGUGUUGUUGGUGUCCAUAGCAGCGUCGGUGGCUGCCAUUGGAGCUUUCUUACCAGGCUACAACAUCGGGUCUGUGAAUGGACUUCAGAAUUAUCUUGGGUUUCUCAAAUAUUUCAAUUUGGGAAGUACUGAGACUAACUCGUCCGAUGCAUGUACCUCAGUGGACCAUCUCAGCGAAAACUCGCAGUUGAUUCUGGGCACCAUUGUGUCGGUAGUGUUCCUGGGAACUGCCACUGGGAACCUAAUCGCUGGAAAGUUGUCUGACUUGCUGGGCAGGAAAGCUGUCCUCCUAUUGUCUGGAGUGUUCUUUGUGUUGGGUGCUGCUGUUCUAGGAACUGCCCUACAGGGGGCUGUAUGGAUGCUAAUUGUGGGAAGAAUAAUUACUGGAUUGGGAUUUGGGACGUUCUUUAUGGCCUGCCCUGUGUACAUUGCAGAGAUUGCCCCCAGGCACAUCCGAGGGCGUCUGUCCUCCCUCAUAGCCCCGUCACUAACCGUGGGUCUGCUCACUGGUUAUGCUGUCAAUAUCGGGCUAUCGAGAGUGGACGCUGGCUGGAGGGUGGGUAGCCUCCUCACCGCCGUAUUUGGGUGUGUCUACAUUGUGGGUGUGGCCUUCCUGCCCAGCUCUCCAAGGUGGCUCAUGCUCAAGGGACGAGAGGCCGACGCAAGAGAAGCUCUGAAGAAGUUGAGCAUCUCUAAAGAUUUUAUCGAUGCACAGAUUAAAGAGAUCAAAGAGUCACUACCUUUAGACAAGAGCUCCAAUUGUUUGCAAGAGCUGAAAGUUUUCUUUCUGUGGAAAAAUAUAAAGAGGAUUAUACUUGGGAUACUGAUCCUAGUAUUCCAGUUUGCAACCGGAAAUCACAUUUAUUUCUACUCUGAGUCUCUGUUCUGUACCCUGGGAGUGCCCCCCUUCGUCACGUCCCUCAUCGUGGGGGUGUGCUCCGUGUGUGGGGCCAUCUUCGCUAAUCUCUUUAUUGACAAAUUGGGACGCAAGGUCCUUCUGGUAGGUGGGGGUGUGUUGAUGGCUCUUCUUGUGGUGAUAGCCGGCGUGCUGGUGGAUGCCUUCGAUCUGGAGGAGGUGGAGGGCGGGGCUGGGGCAAUCGGCUACAUUGUGGUCGUCCUCAUCAGUAUCUUCAUGCUCGUCUACACAGCCACCUGGUUUGUUACACCAAUUGUGAUUGCUGGAGAGAUCUUUGCUCUAAAAGGAAGAGCGUUGGCUGUGGCCGUCUGUUUGGUUUGCAAUGGAUUGGCGGGCUACGCUUUUACCCAGGUGUUCCCACUCGUGUUAGCCACACUGAAAGCCCACGGGUUCCUAUAUCUCCUAGCAUCCAUUGAAGUGGCUGCAAUCCUCACUGUCUUGCUGGUCUUGCCCGAGACAAAGGGUAUAAGUUUGGAAGAUGUGGAUCAACUCUUUGCCAAACCAUUUCUGGAACGAACAGGCCUGUCAAAAUGGCUAAGGUGCUGCAAGAAAUAUGAGAUACCAUCGAAUAAUUUUGACAGCAGUACUUCCAAGUCUGUACAGGUGGAGACGACACUUCACUCUCACAGCGAAGGCUCGUUGCCUCACAGCGAAGGCUCGUUGCCUCACAGCGAUGGAUCUUGGACUGUCAGUGAGACGGCCGAUGAAGGAUGGACACAACACUUCAUUGAUUACGAACAAGAGAUUGAAAAUUUUGUCGAAAAUGUAGGAAAUGUAGGAAAAGAGUAAACUGAAAUGCACAUUCUUUUUUGAUUUUCAUUGGUUUUGAUCUACAUUCAAAUUAUUUAUUUCAA